AUGCGCCUACUAUUCCUAUGUUCACUUUUACUGCUACAUGUUUCCGGCCACUAUUGGGAGGAAAUUUUUCUGACCUCCUCAAAAAUCCAUGGAGUCAGCGCUCAAUGUGCAAAUGACACGGAAACGUGGCAAAACUCACUGAAAUUGGUCGCCGAGGUGUCUGUCGAGUGUCUAGUAGAGCGAAAAUGCACCAAAGAGGAGGAAAAGAUUAUUGAGAAGAAUUUCUAUGCAGUGGAGCAAUACGACGCUUGGGGAAAAAUCCCACUGACUGGUCUCUUUCAAAUACCAAUUCUCAUGGAUGGGUCCUAUCAAGAAUGCGAAAGAAUUAGUGGACAAAAGUAUGAAACCAAUUAUUGCUAUAUUAUUCUGUUUCCGGGAAAGAAUGCCACGUGUCACAUGUCCGACGGUCAACCCACUUCAAUCUUUCUCCGUGGAGCAGUAUGCAUGCCAUAUUCAUGUUCUCAAGAAGACCUUCCAUCAGUCUAUAAUCAAAUUUCCAAGCAACCAUUCACUGCUUGCGGAGCAUUCUGCUCGAAAUAUCCCGUCAAAAAAACACCGGCAUUUUGGGGAUUCACUGCCUUCAUGGCUGUUAUGACAGCGAUUAUUUUGGCAGCUACACUGGCUGAUUUUCUAUUGGAUUCGAUAAAAAAGAAUGAAGAAGUUAAAAGAGAAGACGGGAAAUUGUUGAAAAUGGCAAUGGCUUUAUCAAUGUGGACAAAUGCGGAGCUGUUACUGUCUGUGAAGGAGCAAAAGCCCGGAUUCAUUAAAUGUUUGGAUUGUAUUCGAUUUUUGUCAAUGUUAUGGGUUGUGACAGGACAUACUUUCACGUAUUUGAUGGUUCCAGAUCAAGUUCUAUCCGUUCUUCCAUUCACCGGAAAGUUCUGGAAUCAUUUCAUAAUGAACGCGUUCUUCUCUGUCGACACCUUCUUCCUCCUUUCCGGAAUCGUCGUCGCCUAUUUAUUUUUCAAAAAUCCUCUCAAAAAAGCUCAAAUCACCAGUCCAAUCACCUGGAUUCUAUUUUAUGUUCACCGAUAUCUCCGACUGACACCGCCCCUAAUGAUUUUUAUUGGAUUUUUUGUGGUCUAUGGAUACUAUAUUCAAGGACCAGGAGUCGCUUCUCAGAAUAACCAAUUAAAUCCGCAAGUUGACGUUUGUGUACAGAAUUGGUGGAAAAACCUACUGUACAUUAAUAAUUUGGGACCAGAUGUCAACCAAUGCUACGGCAUCACUUGGUACUUGGGUGUGGACACCCAACUAUACUUAAUUGCCCCAAUUUUCUUAAUUGCCCUCUUUUUCUCGUUUGCCGCUGGAACCGCUUUAUUGACUGCCGGUAUUAUGGGAAGUGUGAUUACUGUAUACGUACUGUAUUAUGUCAAUGAUUUGCCUGGUGACUUUUUUGGAAAUGGAGACAACACCAACUUCUACGACCUAAUCUAUGAUAAGCCAUGGGUCCGUGGAACACCAUACCUUAUUGGAUUAUUCGUUGGAUAUCUUCUAGCAACAUUUGGAAAACGUAGAAUUCGUUUAAAUUGGGCACUUUCUUGUACUGGAUGGCUAAUUGCUUUUGGAUUGGCAGUUAUGUGUCUUUUUUCAACCUAUGAUUAUGAUAAGAGAAUUUAUUGGAGCGUUUUCAUCCGAGCAUCCUACUACAAUUUCUCGAGAAUCGCCUGGUCAAUUGCUGUCUCCUGGGUUAUCAUUGCUAAUCAUAUGGGAUGGGGAGGACCAAUCGACAACUUCAUGUCCCAUCCAAUGUGGCAACCGUUCGGUCGUCUAUCAUAUUGUGCAUAUAUUGUCCAUUUCGUAGUACUAUACCUGUAUUUGAGCAUCGGCGACGCCAGUAUUCAUUUUUAUUCCAGUUUUCAAAUUGUGAGUUUUUUUGAACAUUUUGAAAUUCCAAUUUUUCUCUAUUUUCAGUUCAUGUACUACUCAGUGCCUACAACAUUGUUAUCCUACAUUUUUGCAUUUUUUUGGAGUUGUUUCUUCGAAAUCCCAUUUUUAAAACUCGAAAAGAUGCUGAUUGAGCUCCUGCUCGGCUCUGGAGGAGCCAGAAAUUCUGGAAAAAUUGAAGAUUCCGGAAGGAUUCAGAAACCAAAAACCGAAGAAUUGUGGGACGCAAAGUAG